AUUCCGUCCGUGAAAUCUACGUUCGUAGUCUUUAUGCCUCACGGGCACAUUCAUACGAUCGCGAUUCGAUUGCAAAUUGUUAGUGUUAUAAUUGAGAAAAAAAAAGUUACUCGUGCAUACAACAAUUAAUAUUAUAAAGUGAGAAAAGUGCGGAGAACGAGACUCUGAUUCUCCAAAAUGAAAACUGUGUACUAUCUUCUGUUAUUAUUUGGUGUGACUCUGCCCUGGAUAGCAGGCUUGAAUCUCGACAAGAUCAUCAAGACCGCACAAUGUCAAUCAGCGUGUCUGCGAAAUUUUACCACUGACGACAAUUGCUGGAAUGUAGGGAGAAGUAAAAACAUACAAUGCGAAAAGUGCUGGCAAACCUGCGAAUUCCUUGGUCUUUUUAAUAACGAACAAAGGCUCAAUUACUGCAACAGGAACAUUUAUUUUAAUCCAAAAUUUCGUCGAGUGGCCAGUUUUCACUUCUUAUCAUUACUUUCGAAACAAUUUCGAGCAUUUCGACGAUCUCGAGCAUCUCGACAGUGCUCAAGUUGCGAAAUUGCUUGUACAUUUUAUCGAACACAUGGAAUAGAUGAAGGUCAAUAUGAGCCUAUCAAAUUACCGGCACCCGAAAAGGAUGAAAUUAUCCGCAUGAAUAAACACGACAUGGCUAUAACAAUGUACAAAAAUCUAGAAGGAAUAUGGAAAAUGCAACAACAUUACACUGAGAAUAAAAAAGUUGAAAUGAGCCCGGGCAAAUGGAUUAUCAUCACCAAUGAGAAUGGAGCUAUCAAACAUUAUAGUUGGGAAAAGUGGCUGCCUACAUUACAGUCUAUCUAUAAGAAAAACGGUCCUUUGUAUCAAGCUAAUAUUACGUGGAUGGAUUGGCAAGACCAACUAGAAAAGCAACGCGAUGAAAUUAUAUUACCUGGGGAUAAGAUCUUCAUGGAACUUCGAAAUAGAAAACACAAAACGAUCAAACCAUUGUAUAUCGUCACUUGGCAAGAAGAAACUGGGAAUGGCAUCAUGGGCAACCAGGUAGCAGAUAGCGAAUCAGCGCAAAUUUCUUUGCUACGUGGCAGAUAUUUGGUCAGAAUAGCCACCAAUGACGGUCCCGGUAGCUACUCGAUCCUUAUCGACACUGACGAAACUAUUACAACAAAAUUCUUGCCUCUGAAGCAAGAAUGUUAUAUGACAUUGAUUAUUCUAUCGUUCAUUUUAAUACCACUAUCGUUUUUAUUUAUUAAAUCAACAUGGAAAAGACUAAAGAUCAAGCGACAGAAAAUAGCGAUGGAAAACAAUAUAAAGAUGAUAUACCCGACGGAAGCGGAGAUGAAAUCUAAUAAAUUGAAUACAAUAUUGUGCUUCAAGCAUGAGUCAGAUCAAAGAGAUAGUGAUUGCUCUACGAAUAGUUAUUUAAAUAAUAUAAACGAAUAUAACAAAUUGUGGAUAGAAAUAGACAUAAAUGCGAAUGCAAAUAUGCAAAAUGCGAACGUAGAAAAUGUGAACGUUGACGCGCAAGAUGUUAACGCGAAUAUCCAAGAUGUGACCGCAAAUACGCAAAACGCGACCACGAAUGUGAUUCAGCAGACGUAGAAAAUUCUGCUAAGAAUUUUCUCGCCCAACUCGGUGAGGACAUCUCAGGGAUUUUGCUUCCUCUCAUGAGAAAGUGCUGUCUUCCGCUUGGGACAGCAUGAAAAAUAUGAAAGAUAUAUAAAUGAAUAUUUCUCUUUAUCAUAAAGCGGACGAGGCAUCUUCAUUUCUCUCAUCAGACAUUUCUCUCUCUCUCCAUGUGUAUAUAUUACUUAUAUUUAAAAAAAUGCGAUAAUGAAGGUUCCUUUUAUCUUCAGAACUAGUGAGGCGAGUAAAGAUAAUUAGUGAUUCGCAUGUCCUAAAAAAUUCUAAAAUAUCUAAAAAACUAUCUAAAAAAACUUCAAAAAUUGUAAAUUCUAUAUAAAAUAUAAGCAGAAAAGAAAUAUUCGCUCAUUUUUUGCACAAGAGAGAAAUACCAUAAAACAAUUUAAUCAGAAUGCAUUUUUAUAUAGUAAUGUUACACUUUAUAGGAACAUUCCUUUUCCUCCGAUAAAAUUAUUUUAAAAAAGGCACGAGAUGCACGAAUAUUUUUUUAAGUUGUAAAAUACUGCGGAUAUUAUUGAUAAGAGUACUAUUGUAAAUUGUUUCAUAGUAAAAAUUCUCGAUAAUCAUAUAUAAGAAACAAAGAAUGUUGAUAGAUGAAAUGUACAAAUGAAAGCUUACAAUUAGUAGUAUAGAUAUAUGUAUAGC